AUGUUCAGCAAAUUCACUUCGUUCUUGACCCUCGCUUGCGUUUUAUCUACCGGUUUUGCGGCGCCCGUCCCUCAGACCCGCGGUUCCAAUCGAAACCUCCAGCCAUUCACUGGCAACUUGGGCGGCCAGGCGCCGCCUACCGUCGUCCGCGGCAACAACGGCUUCACAGUCACAGGCAGGGGCACCUUCGCUGACUUCGCCUCGGCCCUCGCCGCUUCGUGCGAGGUUCAGCAGCAGAACUGCCUGAACGCGAACGUCCCUGCCGCUCAGUGCAACGAUCAGGCUGCCCAGUGCCGUGCAGCUGCCUCUUCGGCUAGAGCUCCGCGUUCGGAGGAGGGGUUAGAGGCGCGCCAGGUGCCUCCUCCUCCACGUCCGGAUACCCCACCUCCACCGCCUCCUGCGCGUCGUCCGCGCGACGAGGAGUUGGAGAGUCGCCAGGUACCUCCUCGUCCUGAUAGCCCGCCUCCUCCCCCUCAGAGGGAUGCCCCUCCUCCGCCUCCCGCUCCCGCUGGCAAUCGUCCACGUUCGGAUGAGGAGUUAGAAGCACGUCAGGGCCGUCCUCCUCGUCCCCAGAACCGCCCUCCUCCGCCUCCUCGAGGUGGCAAUCGCCCCCGCGAUGACGAUGUGGUCGAGAAGCGCCAGGGACCCGGUGGCGGUCGUGGCGGUAACGCACCUCCUCCCCAAGGGAAUAAUGGCAAUGGGAACAACAACAACAACACCCAGCCUCCUCCUCCCAACAACAACAACAACAAUAAUAAUAACCAGCCUCCUCCGCCCAACAACACUAACAACAACAACCCGCCCCCGCCCAAUAACAACAACAACAACAACCCACCUCCCAACAACAACAACAACAACAACCAGCCCCCUCCUGCUAAUGCUGGCAAUCGCGGACCGCGCGAGAUCUGUCCUGAUGCUUAA